ACAAAGCUGCGAAUAAUGAAGAAGCGCCGGAGCAUCGCUGAUGCAGCCCCAGCAAUUGCCGCCGCUGUCAUCUUCUUCCUCACUGAUAUGGUUCUACCCCCGGCAAUUGCAGGCAUCGUCGAGAACACCUUUGUUGUGAGCCAGGUGAAUAUGACACACUUGUGCAAGGAAACGCUGGUCACCGUGGUGAAUGGGCAGCUGCCGGGUCCAGUGAUCAAUGUCACCGAAGGGGAUUCAGUGGUGGUUCAUGUCGUCAACAAGUCACCCUACAAUAUGACAAUCCAUUGGCAUGGAGUGAAGCAGCGGCUCAACUGUUGGGCUGAUGGGGUGCCAAUGAUAACUCAAUACCCCAUCCUCCCGAACCAGAACUUCACCUACCGGUUCGACGUUUCUGGGCAGGAAGGCACCCUGUGGUGGCAUGCUCAUAUCCCCUGCUUGCGCGCAACUGUGCACGGUGCCAUUGUCAUCAGGCCAAGACAUGGACCAAGCGUGUAUCCAUUUACCAAGCCCCACAGAGAGAUCCCUAUCAUUAUAGGGGAGUGGUGGGAGGUGAACCUUGAAGAGCUGGACAUGGACUUACGGUAUUUUGUAAAUGAUCAUUUCUUCAGUGCAUCCACAAUCAAUGGCAAGCUUGGAGAUCUCUACAACUGCUCAGGUGUUGUGGAAGAUGGUUACGUGCUGGACGUUGAGCCCGGUAGAACCUACCUACUACGGGUGAUCAAUGCGGCGCUCUACUCCGAGUACUAUUUCAAGAUCGCCGGGCACAAGUUCACGGUUGUUGCGGCUGGUGCCAACUAUGUCAAACCCUACACCACGGACGUUAUCGCCAUCGCGCCUGGGGAGACGAUAGACGCCCUAGUAGUCACUGACGCGCCCCCCGGCAGCUACUACAUGGUAGCCCUGCCGAGCCAGCCGCCAAAGCCUGACUUCCAGAGCCCAGUGUUGGUCGCGAGAGGCACGGUGAAGUAUGAUGACAACCACAGCCCCAGAAAUGGCACGGUGGCGCUGAGCUCAUAUCGUGGUCAAGGAGGAAGAGGAAGUCCAGCUGGUGACGUGCCGGUGGCUCCUGAGAUGCCUGACAACCACGAUGCGUCGACAUCGUUCUACUUCCACGGGAACCUGAGAAGCCUGCAGCACCCCCUGCGCCUGCCGGCGGUGCCGGCGCAAGUCGAUGAGCGCAUUUUCAUCACGCUCGGCCUGGGAUCGGUCUGCCGCCGAGGCAAAUUCUGCAAGAGGGGCGAGGGCAAUGAGGAGGAGUUCAUGCUCGUGGCCACCAUGAACAACGUCUCCUUCGAGCUCCCUGCGGCGAUGACCCCAUUGUUAGAAGCACAGUACUACCACGGCAGCAGCGUGGAGACCCUGCAUGAACUGCCUGACAGGCCACCAAGGGUGUACAACUUCACUGACCCUGCCUUGAUCCCGUAUGGACCCAAGGCGGCUCAGCUGGAGAUGACGUCGUCCAAGACAAUGGUGGCCCGGCGAUUCCGGCAUGGCACCACGGUAGAGUUGGUGUUCCAGGGCACUGCACUGAUGCAGGCUGAAUCAAACCCGAUGCACCUGCACGGCCAUGACAUGUACGUGCUUGCUCAAGGUUUCGGAAACUACGAGGCGGAGAGGGAUGUGGCGAAGUACAACCUGGUUGAUCCGCCUAUGGUGAACACCGUGCUCGUCCCAAGGCUCGGGUGGGUCGCUGUUCGAUUCAUCGCAGAUAAUCCAGGUGUAUGGUUCAUGCAUUGCCACUUUGAAUUUCAUUUAUCAAUGGGCAUGGCGGCAGUGUUUAUCGUAGAGGAUGGGCCAACAGUGGACACGUCCCUCCCUCCACCGCCGGUGGACUUCCCGACAUGCGGCCAUGCCGAUAAUCCCACGCCAGAUGAAUGCUAUCUGAAAACUAAGAAAAGUGAAUCGUCACGCGUGAAUGUAUUCUAAAAGGUUAUGUUGGACCACUAGUUGUUAGUGCUUAUUGAUAAUAUAAUGAAUGCACUUCGAGAUGAAAUGUAAACACCUUAAUUUUCACGUAUACAGUCUAAAUAACCAUUUGGGUGUCAGUCUCAUGCUCCUCUCAAGACAACAUAAAAGGCUGAAGGCA